AUGAACACAAAAGGCGUCGAUUUUGCCUCAGACAAAGUUCUAGCGAGUCGAUUUCUUUCCGAAUUCGCAGACGCUAAUGGUGAAGCGAAAUACAUCAACAUCCUGCAAGAUGUUGCGAACCACAAAGCUCGAUCUGUUGAAAUUGAUCUUGACGACUUAAUGAACUAUAAGGAUCUAGAUGAGGAGUUUCUGACUCGAGUUACUGAGAAUACGAGAAGAUAUGUAGGGAUUUUUGCUGAUGCGAUUGACGAGCUUAUGCCGGAGCCUACUGAGACGUUUGUGGAUGAUGAUCAUGAUAUUUUGAUGACUCAGAGAUCUGAUGAAGGGACUGAAGGUGCUGAUGGUUCUGACCCGCACCAGAAGAUGCCUGCUGAAAUUAAACGCUUCUUUGAGGUUUAUAUUAAGGCAUCUUCGAAAGGACGGCCAUUUACAAUUAGGGAGGUUGCUGUGUACACCUGUGAGGACUGUGGCUUUGAAAUUUACCAGGAAGUAACAGCUAGAAUAUUCAUGCCUUUGUUUGAGUGUCCAUCAAGGCGAUGUGUCAUGAACAAGAGCAAGGGUAACGUCAUCCUUCAACUGAGAGCGUCAAAGUUUUUGCGAUUUCAAGAGGCCAAAAUUCAAGAGUUAGCUGAACAUGUUCCAAAGGGUCAUAUUCCACGAACAAUGACUGUUCAUCUUCGGGGAGAACUCACUAGAAAGGUAGCUCCUGGUGAUGUUGUUGAACUAUCUGGGAUAUUUCUUCCUAUACCUUAUGUUGGUUUUAGAGCAAUGCGUGCUGGCCUAGUUGCUGACACAUACUUAGAGGCCAUGUCUGUGUCUCAUUUUAAGAAAAAAUAUGAAGAAUAUGAACUUAGAGGAGACGAGGAAGAGCAGAUUAAACGUCUAGCAGAAGACGGUGAUAUCUAUGAUAAGCUGGCGAGGUCAUUAGCUCCUGAAAUUUUUGGACAUGAAGAUAUUAAGAAAGCACUGCUGCUGCUUCUUGUUGGUGCACCCCAUCGGCAAUUGAAAGAUGGAAUGAAGAUUAGAGGAGAUCUACAUAUAUGUUUGAUGGGGGAUCCUGGUGUUGCCAAGAGUCAGCUUCUUAAACACAUAAUCAAUGUAGCACCCAGGGGUGUAUACACCACUGGAAAAGGAAGUAGUGGAGUUGGACUAACUGCUGCUGUUCAGAAAGAUCCAGUGACAAAUGAGAUGGUUUUGGAGGGUGGAGCAUUGGUGCUAUCAGAUAUGGGCAUAUGUGCCAUUGAUGAAUUUGACAAAAUGGAUGAAUCAGAUCGUACAUCUAUACAUGAAGUUAUGGAACAACAGACUGUUAGCAUUGCCAAGGCUGGGAUCACUACAUCACUGAAUGCAAGGGCUGCUGUCCUUGCUGCAGCUAAUCCUGCAUGGGGAAGAUAUGAUCUAAGAAGAACUCCUGCUGAAAAUAUUAAUCUUCCACCUGCCCUCCUAUCAAGGUUUGAUUUACUGUGGUUAAUUCUAGAUCGAGCUGAUAUGGAUAACGAUCUUGAAAUGGCAAGGCAUGUUGUCUAUGUCCACCAAAACAAAGAGUCACCUGCACUAGGAUUCACUCCUCUUGAACCAUCUGUUCUACGUGCAUACAUAUCAGCUGCUAGAAGAUUGUCUCCUACUGUCCCAAGGGAACUGGAAGAGUAUAUUGCCAGUGCUUACUCCAGCAUUCGCCAAGAAGAAGCCAAAUCCACCACUCCACAUUCCUAUACGACUGUCAGAACAUUGCUCAGCAUUCUCCGCAUAUCUGCUGCCCUAGCAAGACUCCGUUUUGCUGAAACUGUUGCUCAAAGUGACGUGGAUGAGGCAUUGAGGUUAAUGCAGAUGUCAAAAUUCUCUCUGUACUCUGAUGACCGUCAAAGAUCAGGUCUGGAUGCUAUAUCUGAUAUUUAUUCCAUACUUCGUGAUGAAGCUGCUAGAAGUCACAAAAUGGAUGUCAACUAUCGUGAUGCAUUGAAUUGGAUUUCUCGGAAGGGGUACAGUGAAGCCCAGUUGAAAGAGUGUUUAGAGGAGUAUGCAGCAUUGAAUGUAUGGCAGAUACAUCCUCAAACCUUCGAUAUAAAAUUUAUUGAUGCUUGA